AUGACCGGCCAGAGCCUGUGGGACGUGUCGGAGGCCAACGUCGUCGAGGACGGCGAGAUCCGCAUCAACGUGGGCGGCUUCAAGAGGAGGCUGCACUCGCACACGCUGCUGCGCUUCCCGGAGACGCGCCUGGGCCGCCUGCUGCUCUGCCACUCGCGCGAGGCCAUGCUGGAGCUGUGCGAUGACUACGACGACGCCCAGCGAGAGUUCUACUUCGACCGCAACCCCGAGCUCUUCCCCUACGUGCUGCAUUUCUACCACACCGGCAAGCUGCACGUCAUGGCCGAGCUGUGCGUCUUCUCCUUCAGCCAGGAGAUCGAGUACUGGGGCAUCAACGAGUUCUUCAUUGACUCCUGCUGCAGCUACAGCUAUCACGGCCGCAAAGUGGAGCCUGAACAGGAGAAAUGGGACGAGCAGAGUGACCAGGAGAGCACCACAUCCUCCUUCGACGAGAUCCUGGCCUUCUACAACGAUGCCUCCAAGUUUGACGGGCAGCCCCUGGGCAACUUCCGCAGGCAGCUGUGGCUGGCUCUGGACAACCCGGGCUACUCGGUCCUGAGCAGGGUCUUCAGCGUCCUGUCCAUCCUGGUGGUGCUGGGGUCCAUCAUCACCAUGUGCCUCAAUAGCCUGCCGGACUUCCAAAUCCCCGACAGCCAGGGCAACCCUGGCGAGGACCCCAGGUUCGAAAUCGUGGAGCACUUCGGCAUUGCGUGGUUCACUUUUGAGCUGGUGGCCAGGUUUGCUGUGGCGCCUGAUUUCUUCAAGUUCUUCAGGAACGCCCUAAACCUUAUUGACCUCAUGUCCAUCGUCCCCUUUUACAUCACUCUAGUGGUGAAUCUGGUGGUGGAGAGUACGCCUACCUUGGCCAACCUGGGCAGGGUGGCCCAGGUCCUGAGGCUGAUGCGUAUCUUCCGCAUCUUGAAACUGGCCAGACACUCCACCGGCCUCCGCUCCCUGGGGGCCACCUUGAAGUACAGCUACAAAGAAGUAGGGCUGCUCUUGCUCUACCUCUCCGUGGGGAUUUCCAUCUUCUCCGUGGUGGCCUACACCAUCGAAAAGGAGGAAAAUGAGGGGCUGGCCACCAUCCCUGCCUGCUGGUGGUGGGCUACUGUCAGUAUGACCACUGUGGGCUAUGGGGAUGUGGUCCCAGGGACCACGGCAGGGAAGCUGACCGCCUCUGCUUGCAUCCUGGCAGGUAUCCUCGUGGUGGUACUGCCCAUCACCUUGAUCUUUAACAAGUUCUCCCACUUUUAUCGGCGCCAGAAGCAACUUGAGAGUGCCAUGCGCAGCUGUGACUUUGGAGAUGGAAUGAAGGAGGUCCCUUCAGUCAAUUUAAGGGACUACUAUGCCCAUAAAGUUAAAUCCCUCAUGGCAAGCCUGACGAACAUGAGUAGGAGCUCACCGAGUGAACUAAGUUUAAAUGAUUCUCUACAUUAGCUGGGAGGCGUUGUCACCCUGAAACCCACGAUGCUGAGCUGCUGGGCAGCUUUGGUUAUGGCGCAGGGAAUCUUCCCAAGCCCCAAGGGGAGAGAUGCAUGGGAUAGCACCCCAGGUCGGUGUUAUGGUAUUUAGAGUCACUUCUAGAGGGUGGUGUGUCCAACACCAUGCCUUCGCAUCUUUCAACAAAAUGACAGUCACUGGUAUUUGCAUGGUGGGCAUAAAAUGUUCAUCUUUCUGCCAGAUGAGUACCCAGAAUGCCAAUUUCUCUGUCUACUGUGUACACUCUUCCAGUGCUUGUGGCCUGGUACUGUCUGUGAGUUGUUUGUGCUCCUGUUUCUGAGGUUUUCAUGUGAGUUCCAUACGAAAAGAAGCCCCCACAAGUCUGUCCAGUGGCAACAUGUCUGUCUAUGAAGUCAGCAAGGAUAGCAUGAGAUUUUGCUCACCAUCAUGUAAAAACAAAAUCUCAAUUCUUUAUCCAUUGCUUUCACUUAGUUUUAAUACCAAAACAAAGAGAAUGCAAAGUUAAGCACUCCUGACUAAGACAAGUCUGUGUAUUGUUUUUCUAGAUGACUUGUAGCUCUGUGGCUCACAUACGUACAGCAAUCACUUUUAGAAAGAUGUAUUUCAUGUUCAUCUUGUAGAUGUCACUCUCUAGAGAAUGUUAAACAUGUAGUGAAGGUUGAAAUGUUUUUUUUUUCUUUAAGAAAACAGAUAUAUUAGAGACAGGGACUUCAGCUAAACAUGACCAGUCCCUGGAUGCUUGAUGUGGUCCAUGCAGGUUGGGCUUUUUCACCUCUUUCCUAGGGUGAUCCGAGAGACACUGGUUCCUAUUCUAGGCUUUUUGACCAAAGUUUGCUGAGUCUUCUAUAUUAGCAUGUUUCUUGAAAUAUUUAUUUUUUAAGAUGUUUAGGAAUAAGGUCAAAUUGUCUUCCUCAACCUAGGAGAGGUUUACUGUUGUAUUGAGCAUUGUUAGGUUGCUAGCAAGGGCAGUAGCCUAAAUACUUUUGUUGCCUGCUCUGAAAGCUCAUAAAAUGAGAGCCCUUUUCAUUUUCAGACAGAAUUUGCUGGGAUAACUUUGCUUCUAGGAUACAGCAUGUUGUGUAUGAUGUUAGGAUUGCCUCAGAGUUCCUGCUGUGACAUGGAAACCUGGUGAUUGGGAAGUGUAUACUCACAAUAGACAUGCAGAAGCCAGUGUGGCUUCCAAGGAUGGGAACAGUAUUCUUACUUCUGUUCCAAUUGCCAUUGUCAGAGGAGGGUGGGUAGAGGCUAGGAGAAAGGAAAGAGUUAUAAAACAAACAACUGCUGUUUCAUAAAUGUCAUGAAUAAUUAUAAACUUGGAGAAAAAGCUUAAGGCUAUUUCAAAGACCUUUAAACUCUAAGCUUGUGUUGAAGGGGGACCACUGUUUCCUUCUCCAAAAGGCCCCAGCUCCUCCUCUUCAGUUACCCAGCACAAUGCCUUUCAAAGUGGAGCCUGGGCCCCUUCAUAAAAUAAUUUUUUUCCAUCAUCUUGUCAGUAAUCUGAAGGUUUUCCAGGUGGCUUUCAUUAUGGUGCAGUCUUUGCCAGGGCUGUAGAAUCCACAUCUAAGUAUGGAGUUAGCCGGGCUUUUUAUGCAAAGCUGGGAGGCCCAUCUUGUGUUUUAGUUGGUUGAAGGUAAUCCAUACCUCGCAGGGGUGAAGAGAAGAUCUUCACAGAGGGCUUUUGUAUACUUGUAGUUGCCAUGGCUACUACAGUGUGGGCAAUUUGUUGGAUGAAUGCGUGGGCCGCUCCUGCCCUUGAGCCUCCGGUUCAAAUCUUUCCACAGCCUGGAGUCAUAUGAGGGGCAGAGUGGUGGCCACAUCUUAGAGCCUACAUCUGUUUUUCAGAAAAAUCAGGACAGGUGAGGUGACUUAAAGGCAACCAGCCAGUGAGUCGGAGAGCAGGGUUAUUUUUUCAGAAUUUACACUUGGAGCUCUUGGCUUUGGCUGAAGUUUUCAAACCAGGAAGGCAGGAAAUCUGCCCAGCUGCACUCAGGGCAGCUGAUGAUACACACUCACGAGGACUGGUUUGUUUGCCAAGGCUGGUGGCAUUGGGUCACUAAGUGUGGUACCCAUGGUCACUGGCCAUGAAGGUUGUGCGAAGUGGAAAUGAGGAAGGAAGCAGAAACUCAGUCUCUCUCAUGGUUUUUUCUCUAAACAAGCAGGUUUACCACCCAACAAAGUGGCACUCCGAGUGGCUGCCUUUGCAGGUGUGAAAGCUGGAAAACUUGACUUUUCUUUUUUGGUAAUGACUUGCAUUUUUCUGGUGCCUUUCAUUGGGGGAAUCCCAAAGUGCUUUAGAGACUAUGUUUUAAACAUCUUUUGUACAUAUAUGUAUACUUGUAAAAAAAAUAUUCCUUUGUCCGCUGGGAUCUCCAGUCACUUCUGAGCAUGAGGUUGUCCCAAUAGCACUAAGUUCUCUAAGGGGUGGUUUCCGAGAAUGGGGAGGGGGAACAGCACAGCCAGCUUGAACACUGUGGUGAAUUCCCACAAAGAUGGUGACGCAAGUGUGGCGCAGGGGACUUCUUGCACACCCAUCCAAAGUCAGGUUCACAGUGCUGCCUCAGAGGCAAGGACUGUGACCGACUCUGCUGCCGGCACCUCACACAGCAGUACAGCAUCCUCUGGUCCCUGGAGUUACGCAGGGAGGGUCAGGCUAACUUCCUGCCUGGUCCUUGGAAUGAAGGCCAUAAACAUGAGACCACCUUUGGCUACCAGGCUUUCAGACUGACCCAUAAGCCUCCUUCAGGAGCACAGAGCUGACAUGAGAUCAUUUCCAGCUGUAGGCUUAAGAGCAGCUUCACUACCGACAUGUGAAGGUGGCUCUUUUCAGUGCCACCAGGACAAAUAUAUGGGACAAGCAUCUCCAAGGGGCUGGGCUGGGAAGUAACAUCAGUUUACUACACAGAUGCACAUUGGUCUCAGAUCUGUUUUUAGCAAACCCCUACAUUUUUCGGGUUUGCUGCUAAGGAGGGGCAUGUUGUAAUGCCGGGCUGAUUUGUAGCUCAUCGGGUGGUAACUGGCAUUUAAUAUUUGGAUUUGUCAUUUCUACUUAGCACUCAAGUCAUUGAACUACCUGCUCAUUCUCGCCUCAUUUCAAAGAAAAUGAUUUGUUAUGCACUUUGGGAUAGCAGUGAUCUGUGCGGGCCGCGUGGUAUGUACUUGAAGGCUGGACUGCUAUGUCUUGUAUGUUUUAACAGCAUGACUUGUUGCAGAGUUGUAAUUUUAAACACUGAGAACGCUGUAUUUGCAGUCAGUUCUAGCACUCAUUAACGCACUAUUGCGCCAGCAUCAUCGCGGGCUC